AUGUGCCACUUGGUGUCGGAGUUGAGUCAGGAUGCUGUUAGACACAUUGAUGCAUGCAGUUUGCGUCAUCUCCUAUAUAUGCCUGAUAUCAUGCAUAAUAGGGGUCUUUUGACAACGUUGGCCGAGAGAUGGCACAAUGAGUAUAACACGUUUCACCUACCCACUGGCGAGAUUAGUAUUACACUCGAGGAUGUGUAUAGGAUCUUACAUAUCCAUUUUACUGGAGAGCUUGUCCAGUAUGACUACCAUGAUUUAAGAAGCAUUGAGGCUUGCAAGGAAGUUUUUGGAGAUGAGAGCAUUGAUGGCGGGGAGAUCAGGUGGGAGGAUAUGAUUAUGCAUUAUGAGACUCUCCCAGUUAUACUCGCAAGUUUGAUUGGUGGAUUCAUCUAUCCAGAUAGGAGAUCACAAGGGUUUGUCGUUGGAUGGGGCAACAUUCUUCAGAGUAUGAUGGAGCACUGUACUCGAUAUGCUUGGGGUAUUUGA